GCAAUUCGAAUUGAACGGUCCAUUGAACCGAUCCAUUGAACGUCUUCGGCGGGAGGGUAUGGAUGGACUCGGAGACUGUUUAAGAAAACUUCUUACUGUACUUGCAACCAAUCAUUGGAGGAAGUGGAGUUGGACUCCUUGCGGAUGCGUCCUGAGGAAUGGCAGCAGCUCGGCAAAGUCAACAUAAACUUCUUAUGCAGCAGCUGAAUCAGGUAACAUGAGGCAUCUUACGAACCUGGUAUUCUCUGUAAGUCCCCUUGAUUGUGAAAUGCCAAGAAAGCCAGCUACAAAUUUUGAUUCGCAGAUCCAUAGAUCAACGAGUUUGGUUCGUCCUCGUAGAUUUGUUUCAGUCUGCCCGUCUACUAAGUUCAAGCGAAAUCCCCGUCCAAUGAGGAUGUACAAGCUACUGCAAUCAUGUUCCAGAUGAAAGGUUGACAAGCUACUGUAAUCAUGUUCCAGAUGAAAGGUUGACAACGCUUCAGAUUGUGAUUAGCAAGCAUCAUCGUCCGUCCUGCCAUUGCAUGGCCACAGAGGUGGGAGAAUUGUUGCACAGAUGUCGAGACAGUUCCAUCGGGCUCUGAUCGGGCCGGGGCUAAUUCAGAAGGAUCUGUAGCUCGGUGGUGAUUCAAAUGGCUGGCUCACGUAGGACAUCGCUUGUUUCAGAGGGUUCGAUCUACAAUUCUACCUCUACGUAAAAAUCCGUCACUGACCCAGAAGUUCCGAUAGGCUGGAUUUAAGAAUCUGUGCAUAAAAGAUAGUUCUACAAAAUGAAAGUCACGAGUCAGAAGAUGCAGGAGUAGAACGAGAAGAUGAAGAGGAACAGGUGAAUAAAUGUCAACUAAUUCAGUUGAAUCCUCAUAUCAAGUAUUCACAGUAAUAUUUUCAUGUUGCUAGAAGAGUAGUCUAGUUCAUACGGCUUGAAGAACAAGCCCACUAAACUUGAUGCCUCUAAGUGAAACAAGUGCUGAAUGAAGAGAAAUGGUACGCCUCGAGAUGUUAUGGUGCAGAACCCAUCAGGCAGUUGCACGAUAGUAAUGAAGAGAUACAUUUCUACAACUAAUGCAGUUUCAAGCUCGGAAGGUCCAGAGAGUUGCUAUUGAAAGUUGGGAAUCUGAGCAGACGGAAGAGAUCGCAGUUCUUGAUUAAAGUUAAAUGUAAUCAUGACACUGGAGGACUGGAGUACGAAUAUAGGACUCAAGUUUUGAAGUACUUCAUG